AUGUCGAUUAAAGGAUGUCAAUGUUUUAGAAAUGUAGAGGAUAAAGAGACCAUUCAGUGCUUUCAAUGUCAACUCGCUUUUCACCAAGACUGUGUCGGAAUAAAUAAAUCAGCCUUCAAAUUUAUCAGUUCCAUGUCUAAUAUUAAGUGGUAUUGUGAUGAAUGCAUGAAACUACUUCCUGACGUAAAGUCAUUAAAUAAAGCUGUGCGUGAUAGCAAUAAUGAGCUCAACACUAGAAUUGACAAAAUUGAUGAAUCGAACAUUUUGUUGAGGAGUGGACUUGUGGCUAUCAAACGUUUAAUUCAGAAAAAUAUUGAUAAGGCAGAAAAAUUUGAUGGCACUGAUUUGAGUACUGAACUGUGUAGCCUUAAAAAUGAUUUAAGCAAAAGUUUUGCUGAUGCUGUCAGAUGUGAAGUGAAGAAAAGACCGUUCAAUUCAUCUUUCGCUAAUACCCUGUUAGAUUUGUUUAAUUCUGAAAUUGUGAGGAUUGUGGAUAUCGUUGCUUACGAUCCUUACUUACGUGACCCUAACCUACCAUAUUUACAAUUUCGAAGUCAGCUUAAAACUUAUUUAUUUGCACAAUGA